AUGUCUCUGACCGUCAUUCGCAUUGCUGGCGAGCGCAACUCUGUUCGUAACCUCAAGGCUCUCAGGGAUAAGCCAAGAGGACUGGCUCAAGGACUGGCUCAAUGGGCAGGGGAGUCUGAUGGAGUCCUCCGAGAGUACCUCGCUCUGCCUUGUAUUGGCGCCGUGAAACUCCCUAAAGACUCUCCCCUGAGAUUUUCGCACACUGGUGGCGUGUCAAUUACCGGCUUGCUUGUUGCUAAGGCUGCAGGGGCGACUACGAUUGUGACUUCUUCCAGCGAUGAAAAGCUCGAGUCUAUCAUGGCGAAGUUUGGCUUUGACUAUGGUGUCAACUACAAGAGAUACCCGGAGUGGUCUAAGGAAGUUCUUCGCUUGACCGGCGGCGAAGGGGUCGACUAUGUCCUGGAGAACGGCGGUUCUGGUACGAUUGCUGAGAGCAUCAAUGCAGUCAAGAUGGGCGGCAACGUCAGCGUGAUUGGACUCCUUUCCCAGGCCAAGGAGAUGCCUGAUGUGCUGGCCUGGCGCUCGCUAAAGGCGCAGUGGUUCGCGGUAUCACAGUUGAUUCUACCCAGCUCUUGCAGGAGGUCGUCCGCUUUGUCGGCCGUAAAGGGCUGCGUUUACAGUUGA